UUAUAUGCGUCGUCUAAUAAACGUAGUAGAACUAACCAUAGGUUUUUUUAAUAUAAAUAAUAAUUGGCAUCAUCGUUGCAGCUAUAUCUGGAUGAUGAAUUCGCCCAAAGACUUUGAAGAAGACUUUUUAUCCUGUUUAAUAUGCUUCGAGAAAUUUAACAAUCCAAAAACGCUGCCAUGUCUUCACACAUUUUGUCUUGAUUGCUUAAGAUCAUACAUAAAAUCCACAACGCUUUUUAAAAAUGGGACAUCAUUCAAGUGUCCAACGUGUAGAGAUUUGGCGACGGUGCCACGUCCCAAAAGUCCAGAUUGGGCAGCUCAAUUUAAAACCAAUUUUUACGUUAACAAUUUAAUGGAGGCAGCUGCAGCGGCUAACACAGCUCCACAAAAGACGUUGGUUAGUUGUGGCGACUCCAAAUCUCUAUCCAAUAAGAUAGUUCCAAUUAUGAAAACCGAACUUGCAGCCCAUAAAUCGAAAUUAGAGCCAUACCUGUUGCGGUUGGAACUGUUAAACAUAGAAAUUGAAAAGGAACAGACGAAUGCUGCCACUGAAAAGGAAAGAAUCAAGAAUUUGAUAAUGGCACACUCUAAACAACUUCUGAGAAUGGUACAGAACGAAACAACCAGGUGUUUGGGGCGACUAGAUUCGAUAUCUUUAGAAAUUGAUGACGUUUUUCAAAGUGAAAUUGAAUCCAACAAAAGACUGCGUUCGUCUGUAGAAAGUACAUGUAGUGACAUGGACACUGUAAUUAACGGAUCCGAUGCAAAUAUACUUGAUGGCGUGGAACGAAUUGUUGGUGAAAAGCAGAAACUUAUGCAUAAAUUGCCUACUUCAUUCCAGAUUCCAGUAUUUAAAAUCAACCAUGUUCCUGCAGACCUUAAGAUUUGUGGUAUACUAGGAACUACCGAUUUUGGAAGAGAGAAACGGAUACUAAUGUUUGCUGAUGCCAAAAUCCCGAAGUACUCAGAUAGCAACAACAGUUCUAUCGAUUCUGUUCCACAUUUAAAUCCAGGAGAAAUUUCAAACGGAUCGCCCUAUUUCAACCAUAAAAGCACGUUGACAUUUUUGUCUAAAUUGGAAACAAAAGUAAAAGGCGACAAAUCCAACCCAUGCCUCCGGGAUAUUGCCCUGUUACAAAGCGGAAUAGUGGUGGUUACUGAUUCGGGGAACAAUUGCAUUAAAUCAUUUUACAACAUUACAGGGACCAAAAAGGAUAGUAGCCGAAUAUCCACUGGUCUUCCUCCACAUGCAGUCUCUGUAAUGAAUACAGAGAACAGGGUUGCUGUUACCGUACCUAAAGCUAAGCAAAUCAUGGUUAUAAAUGUAGCUCCGAAUCUCGCUUUAGAAAAACAUAUAACGACAACCAAGAAAUAUUGGGGUAUAAGCGGCAUCGGUCGGGGCAUGUUUGCCGUUAGCACGUGUCCCGGUAUAGAAGCUGGAGUGAUUGAUAUUAUUAACCUGGAAGGCGAUCUCUUGCAAAAUAUACAUUCAACUGGUCUUUUUCCUAAUCCUCUUUAUCUGGCAUCAUUAUCAACAGGGGUCAUCAUCGUAUCAGACUGCACAGUUCAAAAAGUUGCUGGACUACGACAAAACGGCGAUGUUUUAUUUGGAAAGGAUAAGCGCAAUGAUAUUUUCAUUCGACCCAUGGGAGUAAAAUGCGACUCUUUUGAUGGAAUUCUGAUUGUUGAUGCAAAUCAAAAUGUAUUUGCUAUGAACGGGCGAGGUAUUGUUAAAAAAAAGUUUUCUCUCCAUUGUAAAGAUAUCAAAAAGGAAGUCAUUCGCAGCUUGGCCGUGCAUAAAAAUAAGUUAUAUGUCGUUUCAGAAGAGUCUCGCAUAUUUACCUUCCAGCUACAGUAAGUUCAACAAUUGACAGUAUAACAUGGUCAAAUUUUAAAAUUAUAAUAACAGUUCUGUAGUGUUCCAAGGUAGAUAACAAGACUGUCACGUAUAGAAUCAAUUGACUAAUAUGGGAUGGUGAUAAUGCGUGUUGGUGUUAGUUAACAUUUUUAUACAGAACAUUAACCAAGGAGCGGGACGAUUUACCCAAUAGUACUCAAUACUUAUUAAAUACUAUCACAUAAUGUUAUUUUUUUUUUCUCACAAUAAUGAGGUAGUAUGUAAUUUAGUUAGUAUUGGGUGGUAUUAUGUAGUAUUGGGUAAAUCGCUUUGCUGUUUUAUUAACUUAAGAAAUGAUUGUCAUGCUAAGUAUUAGCUGUUUCUGUCCUCCAGUAUUAUCGAGUGAACAAUUACUAAAGAUUAUGUACACAAUCUUUAGUAAUUGUUCACUCAUCAAUAGUCUCCCACAAUGUUUGCCUUUUUGCCUUUAUGUUAUAGUAAAUAUAUGCACCGCACAUCACUCAGAUAUACUCCAUGAUAGUUAGUUCCCAUUUAAAGUCAUAGAAGGGUCAAAACAACUGGAAUAAAACAGCACGCUUAACCCAACAAAUUAAUUUUCUUUGAUUUUUUUUUCAAACAUUCAGCUAAGGUAAUUUUAACAAAUGUCAGAAAACUAUUGCAUCUAAAGCAUCCAAAGCCCUGUAUCAAUUAUAUAAUGUUCUUUUCUAUUUGCCUCUUAUAUAGGAUCAAUUCUUAAUUAUGCUUGUGCAAGUUGGGGCUUCCAUAGUUCUCCAGACAUUGAAAAACUACACCUCCAAUUCUGUAAACGGGUAUUACUUUUAAAAUCGUCUACGCAUAGUGCUUCGGUGUAUGGAGAGCUUGGAAGAACAACUCAAUAUUACUCCAGACUAAAUUGUAUAUUAAAAUAUUGGAUAAAUGUUUUAUCAGAUAAAGAUAGUUUAAAAUAUAUUGUUAACAACCACUCACGGAAUUCGGCUUUGGACAGGAAAUACAGUAAUAAAACAUGGGCGUUCAAUGUUAAAAAGUUUACUGGAUAAUCUUGGCUGUUCCUUUUACUGGACGAAUCAAGAUUUUUAAUCUUCCUUAUUUUAAUAUUUUAAAAGCUAAACUGUUUGAUCAAUCUAUCCAAGAAUGGAAUUCUUCACGUUUUGCUUCAUCCAAGUUAAGCACAUAUAAUUCGUUCACAGAUUUACCUCUAUUUAAAUUUUAUCUAUGCAUUGAGGACCUAAAACUGAAGUUUAGAUGCUCGUCGCAUUCGCUUUGCAUAGAAACUGACAGAUAUUUAAAUACACCCAGGGAAGAGAGAUUAUGUAAAUAUUGUACGUUGGAAGAUGAAUACCAUUUUUUUGUUAAUUUGUCCUGCAUAUAAUACCCUAAGAGAAUUGUAUUUACCAUCUAAGUAUUAUACUAGUCCAAAUAUCUAUAAAUUUGUCUCUUUGAUGUCGUCAACUGAUCAAAAACUUAUUAUAUCUACAGAUAAAUUUAUAUAUUUCGCUUUUGCUCGACGUACAUCAUUA